GAACACAGCAAACCUUCUGCUUUCCCGUGAGGACACGUGAAGAUGAGAGCGAAGCGACGACCCCGGCAGCACGCGCUCGUGUUUUACAGGUGUCUUCUGGAGACGUUUCUUUGUGUUUUUUAAGAAGGGAGAUCUGAGGAAAAUAAUUUUGUGUGUGAAACCAAUCUGUCAGCAAAACACAUCCACUGCUGCUCCGAAGUUCUGUUUUCCAUGUAUAAUAGAAAGCACGGCUUCCGGUAGCUUUCAAAAUAAACGCCUCUCUGACAGCAGUUUGGAUUUUUUUAAGGAAGCAAAGUUGUCUACCAGGCUACAAUCUUGUCCUAUUUUUUAUGUAUGUCGACAUUUUGACACUUUUUUUAAAUAACUGAACUUACUGCUGUUAAAGUGGCAUUUGCUUUUAUUUUGGAAGCAAACCUGCCAGAUCCGACUGACCAUUUGUGGGUGGCUUCAGCUUCCUAUAAAACACCCUGCUGAGAGCAGAGAAAGAUUCUGAAGGGAACACAUGCAGACAUGACUCCUCUAUUCAAAGAUGAAAAAACUGAAGCCCACAAAUGCAGUUGUGUCGACCUCAGGCAGCCCUCCUACGGGGACGACGCCGAGCCGGCAGGAACUUUUUUGGCUGCUCAGGUUCGGAUUGGAGUCAGAGUUGAGUUUUGUACUGGAGUUUCUGCUGCGCAUGCUGUUGGAAACGGUUUUAGGAGUGCAGCCAGGUCUGUAAACUGGGUCGAGGCUGGGGCUGCAAAUGCAUUUAGGUUGGGUACCAGAAGCUGCAGUGAGGUUGGGGUUGCAGACUGGAUGGGAAACAGUUCCAGAGGCAGGACUGGAGCUGUGGAUGGAGCUGGUUCUGAAGCUGGGGCAGGGGUGGGAGCCAGGAAUGAAGCAGCCUUUAAAGAUGGAGACAAAGUCAGAGCAGGGGCUGUCACAGACAGGGCUGGAGUCCCACCCUGCGCCUGCCCCUGGAGCGUCCACUCCCGGUCCAAAGACCGGAGGCACCGCAGCAGCCACAGGUUGGUGCUGCACUACAUCGUACCCUGCAUGAACUCCUACGGCAUGUGCAUCAUCGACAACUUCCUCGGGACCAAAGUCGGGGACCGGAUUCUGCAGGAGGUUCGGGAGCUCCAUCACUCCGGGAAGAUGCAUGACGGCAAGCUGGCCAGCAGGGGGCUCGAACAAACCAGAAAUAUUCGGGGGGACCAGAUCGUGUGGGUGGAAGGGAAGGAACCGGGCUGCGAGAACAUCGGCUACCUGCUGUCGAGGAUGGACAAACUGAUCACCUACGCAGACGGGAAGCUGGGGAAGCACAAGAUCAGAGGGAGAAGCAGCAAGGUUUGACGGCCUGAAUAAGACCGGAGUGUGAUGACAGAAUGGGUUUAGAUACGCAGUCUGAGCUCGCAGGCUUGUGAUUUCACCGCUGACGCGAGUCCACGGUCUGUGAGCCGUGAC